GUACUUUUGUUAAUAUUUCCUGAACCUGAAACGAAGAAUACCAACAAAUAAUUUCUUUUCACCUUAACAUAACAUACGGAACGGAGCAAACAACAAUUGCUCCGACUCUGAGUGAUAUUUUAGUUCUAAUGUUUAGAGGGAUUCCCUGAGUUAUUCUGGAGGAAGGUUCUUUUUUCUCUCUUAACAAGGUUAAAGAUAAAUUUUCUGAAGCUGAUCAAGAGGAUUAACUUUAGCAGCCGAUUUUGAAGAUAAUUUUUGGGGUUCUACCAUCACCUUCAAUGGGUCCCUCCAAUGGGGUCCUACAUCCUGCACUGAAGUCUAUGAAAAGAACAAUAAGAAAGAAAAGGGAGUUUAUCCGGUGGGGAUCCAUCGACAAGGAUCCAAGCCAAACUUGUUCUCUAGUUGAUUUAAGCAACAUCAUCAACGAAUAUAUAACCAAAAACCAACUCACUGAUCGAGUAAAGAAGAAGCGGGUUGUAUGUGAUGAAAGACUCCUUUCUGUUUUAGGGAAGAGGACAGUGAACCGUACUAAGAUUCUUGACUUGUUGGAACCACAUUUACUUGAAUACCAAGAUUCAUCAGAGGAGGAUGAGUUGAGUGAUAACUUGGAAGAGGGUGCAGGUGCUUCAAAACCUUGCAAAAGGCAAAGAAGGAAGGGCUUGGACAAGACAAAUGGGACAAUUAGAAUUAAGGUGGCUCCGCGUAGCUGUUUUGCUUCUAUAGUAACUCAAAACAUCAAGUUGGUUUACUUGAAAAGGAGCUUCAUUCAGAAUCUAACAAAGGAGCUUGAUACCUUCAAUGGCAAAGUGAUUGGAAGCUUUGCAAGGGUCAAAAGAGACCCUAAUGACUACCUCCAGAAAAACUCGCACCAGCUUAUGCAAGUUACUGGGACACGAAAGCUUCGGAGACAGGUGACAGUAGUACAGGAAUUAUCUUGCUACUCUCAAGUAGGAGUGACGGUGUCCAGAUUUGCAUGCUGUCAGAUGAUGAUUUCACUGAGGAAGAGUGUGAAAGACGGUCAGGUGAAGAGGCUCACUACUUGGGAUCUUGAUGGGAAGGCCAGAGAUCUGCACCAGGAUAUCACAUAUCAUUGGAUCGAAAAAGAGCUUGCCCUGUUGCGAAAUCUGAUUGAUCGAGCAAGUGGGAAGGGAUGGCACAGAGAGCGUUAUGAGUACCUUGAGAGGAGGGCGCAACUUGAGUCACCAUCUGAAAGGGAAAGAUUGAUACAAGAAGUUCCACUAGUAAUUGCUGACGGCAUUGAGGUUGAGCCUCCUGCUAAGUUAGCUGGAGAUGAAAACCUUGAGACCAAUCAUUCACCAACAUUAAUCCUUUCAAGGAUUUCAGAAUCUCUUGACGUGGCAAGAAAAGAAACCUCAUCUAGUCCUAAAGAUGGAGAAACUUUACCUUCAGGUCCAAAUAGCAAGAGCAGCAAUAUUGCUUUUGCAGUUGUUCAAUCAGAUCUAGUUACUAAUAUUCGUUUGAAGCGAACACCUCCUGGAAAGCAAGAGAUUUGAUGGGUUACUUUUUUUUAUUUGUUUUGUGACAAUGGCUGCAGCAUCUGUUUCUGGAAAGCAAAAUAAAUCUGAACAAGUUUGUUAAGGAAGAGCAGAAUCAACCUCGUUCCAAGGGCAUUCAGGCACCAAUGGAGGAUGACAAGCAGCGUAACAGUGAAACAAACAACCUAAUUGGGAAGCAAGAUCAGGAUAUUGUGGUGAUUGAUCUAUUAGAUGACGACGACGGUGAUGGAGAUGCUUGUGGGAACCUAGUUUUUGAUCACCCUGAAAGUUCGAUAUGGUAUUAUCUAGAUCGUUCUGGUAAAGUUCAAGGACCGUUCUCAAUGAGUUUGCUCAAAGAGAAAAGCAGGGAUUUGUUCAAAUCUGAUU